AUGAAGCUGCAGAACUUCGUCAAGUAUCUCAUUUGCGCCCUAUUGUUGGUGCUUACCUUCGAAUCGACACGCUGCGACAAACUUAAUACAUUUGACAUUCAAAAUGACGAAGUGAGAGAAACGCGUGGUAUUCUGGAUUUUCUGUUUGGCAGAUUCAAAACCUGCGGCAAUUGUCUUUGUGGACGACCAAAUCGAUCAAAUGAAGCACGAUUUCUCGGCGGAGAGUACACGAAGGCGCAUGAAUUUCCAUGGCUUGCGAACAUUCACGUGCGAUCGCAGUUCCUAUUCAGCGGAAUUCUAAUAAACGAUCGCUACGUUUUAACAUCAGCCAAUCAACUCGUUAGUGUAACUGCACCGGAAGUAAAGGUAUCCCUUGGGGAGUACGAUCGAUGCAAUCUAGAUAUAUCAUCGGCAACGAUCAGCGUAGAAUCUUUGAUUCUACAUCCGGAAUAUAAUCUCGAAUCCCGCGCUCAUGACUUAGCACUGAUCAAGUUAAGUCAACCAAUUAAAUUCGAAAGGAGGAUAUCGCCUAUCUGCUUGCCAAAUCCAGGCUCAACUUAUCUCGGACAAGUUGGAACGUUAGUCGGAUGGACAGCAAGCAAUGCAGAGGAUAAAAACAAUAACCGAACUUGUAGACCGCGAAAAUUGGGCCUUCCAAUUUUAGGUUACGACGAAUGCGUAAGGUCUGGAAUAAAUCCUAUGAAUUUCCACAACGAUUCUGGUUGUGCUGGCGUAUUAGGUGGAAGCUCUAUUGUAUGCGAGAAUGACGUAGGUUCUUCUGUGCAGUAUCGUUCAUAUGCAGGAGUUUACGAUAUCAUUGGGAUUAUUUCGGACAUAAACAAAUGCGGUAGCACACCUGCUGUUUCAAUAUUCACAAGGAUUGGUCCACACUUAAGUUGGUUAUUGCAACAAACAAAAGAUGCAUGUUAUUGUCCAAAAUAA